UUGUAGCAAAUUAAGGACAUGCACCAACACUUUGUGAAGAGUGCAAAAACUAUAGUUGGAGUGAAUUUGAUAUUUCUCCCAAACCAACCAUGAAGGUUGAAGUCAUUUCCAAAGAAAGCAUCCGGCCAUCGUCUUCAACCCCCCACCAUCUCCGCCAUUACCAACUCUCCUUCCUCGACCAGAUUUCUCCUCCUAUUUUCAUGCCUUUCAUUAUGUUCUUCCCAAAUCCUAGCAACAGCAGUGGCAACAACAAUUCGAUCGCUUCCAAGUCCCGCCACCUGAAAACCCACCUCUCCGAGGCCUUAACCAGGUUCUACCCUCUGGCUGGGAGGAUGCUCGAAAACCGCUACAUCGACUGUAACGAUGAGGGCGUCCCCUUCGUGGAAGCCAUGAUCGACGUCAACCUCUCUGAGAUCACCGGCAACCCAAUCCCCUGCGAACUCAACCAGCUACUCGCCGGAAAAAUCGAUGAACCGGGCGACCUGCCGAUGACGGUCCAGGCCAAUUUCUUCCGCUGCGGCGGCUUGGCCGUCGGCGUCGAGAUGUCCCACAAAGUUGCAGACGCUUUGGCUUUCUUCUCCUUCCUCAACAUCUGGGCCGCCAUAGCUAGAGGAGAGGAAGAAAUUCCAUCACCAAAGUUCGAAUCGGCGGCUCUCUUCCCGCCAGCAGAUUGCUUGGACUUCAAGCCGAGCACCGGCAUCAUGAAAGACGAUAUAGUGACCAAGAGGUUCGUCUUCUCCGCCUCGAAGAUCGGUUCCCUGAGAGAAAGGUACACCAAAACCCUAACUCCUACUCGGAUUGAAGCUCUGUCUGCUUUUAUAUGGAGCCGAUUCAUGGCCUCAACUCAAGGAGAAAAACCAGACCCCAGCAAAAUCUACACUGUUCUUCACACAGUGAACCUCCGGCCAAAAUUCGAGCCUCCACUUUCGGACCAUCAUUUCGGGAACAUCAGCAGAAUCGCCAUAGCUGUACCUUCCAUGGACAGUGAAGAGCCGAGCUAUGGAGUUGUGAACAAGGUGAGAGAGGUGAUAAAGAAAGUUGACAGAGAGUUCGUAGCGAAGCUGCAACGAGGCGCGCAAGAGCACACAAGCCUCCUGAAAGAACGGGGUGAAAUGAUUGCGAAAGGGGAGCUUAUUCCCUUCAGUUUCACGAGUUUGUGCAGGUUUCCUUUGCACGAGGCUGACUUCGGGUGGGGAAAGCCCGCCUGGGUGGCCUCGGCGAGCAUGCCAUUCAAGAACUUGGUGGCGUUCUUGGACACUGCUUCCGGACAUGGCAUUGAAGCCUGGGUUAACUUGAAGGCCCAAGACAUGGCCAGGUUUGAAGUUGACGAGGAGCUGCUCGCAUUCGCAGACUGAGUGAUCAAUAUUCCAUGAUGCCUAAGCUCUCACAAUAUUAGUAUCUUGCUUUGGAUGUUGGCCAAAAUAAGAAGGAAAAAGUGUGAAUACUGAAUACUAGUAAUUUGCGUGCGUACGUGUAUGCCUAUAAAAUUAUUAAUUUGUCAGGUUUUUUUUUCUUCCUGUUUCAUGCAUGUGAUUAAUUUCCCUUAUUUUCGAAGACUCAAAUAAUUUAAGGUUUUUAUAUAUGUUUCCUUA